UUUAGUGAUUUUUGAGGCUUGUGGACCUUGUAAAUUGCUCAUUUGAUACAGCACGAGUGAUGAAUAAGUGCAGAUCUUGAAAAUCAUAAUACAGAAUCGUAAAAGAGGCCAGAAAUUCCAUACCAGUGAAAUGUCAAGAGACCGGUUAGAUGGAAAAAAGUGUUCAAUAGACGAAUGAAACUGGUUUAACGUGAAUCAAGCAGUGAAAAAAAUAUAAGAAGUGAUCUCUAUUGGAACUACAAAGAGAUUUUUGUGUAUAUGUGAUGCACCAAAUGACUUUUGACACUUUCUAGUACUUUGUCGUAAUUUUCGUACUGAUGCAAUAUUAUUGAUUAAGUAAAAAUAAAAACACUGAUAUAUGUAUAUAGAAUAUAUAUACACCGGUUCUACGAAAGCGAGAUAAAUAUAGAAAAAUAAUUGAGAUCUUAGAGGAGGAGGGACCACUGGACAACCUCCACCAUGUUGCUGUACGCUCGCAAGAAGCUGAUCCGGGACGAGCGCGUGUUGCAACUGGUGCUCCUACUAAGUCUCCUUCGGGGGGAUCCUGACAGUCUUCUGUUCGGGCCCGGGGGUUCCGCCCCCUUGGCCGAUCUUCCCCAUGACCUCAUCCUGGGUCCGUCCUUGGGUCACGCCCGAUCCUCCUCUCCCCUUCUGGCGGGCGGGGACCUCCAUCCGAAGAGCAUGGACCGUAUGCUGGCUGACUACCAGCGGUCGGUGUUAGACGACCUCAACGCACUGGGUCGCUACACUGCGCCCUCACAUCACUCCCACGUCCAUGCCUACCUCCUGAACACCCACACGUCGCUGCCCUCGCCGCCCACCGCCGACACGCCCGACCACCACCACCAGGGGCCGGACUCCCCACCCACACAGCCCACUAACAUCUUGCCUGACCCACCCCCGCCGGAGUCCAAUCUCUCAGAGGACGAUGACCUCACGCCAGAGGACCUUGCCUUGAUUGAAGCCCUGUGGAAGCAAGAUGUUGACCUGGGAGUCCCUCGUGAAGUCUUCGAAGAGGAUGGUUUGGAGCCCCCAGUUGACUCCCAGACCAAGGACAAGGACCAUGGCAAGAAUCCCAAGAGUGAGACAAAGAUUGAUGAGAAGCCUGAUGAAAACCCAUGGAUGCAUUUCAACUUCACUAUCGACUCUGAGACUGGUGAGCACCUCCUCUCCACGGAAAGCCCCAUCAGCGGCGGUGACGUGACCCUCGACCCCGUGUCUCCCCUGUCGCCCCCCUCCUUCACCCUCAACGAGUCGGUGCCGGACUUCAACCUCGAGUUCAAUCUCGAUGAAGCACUCAAGCUUGUAGGGCUCAAUUCCUCGGAGACAGGAGAAGCAGUCUGGAAAUCUGUGGAGACAGAUAGCAGUUCUGAGGACUUCGCCAAAGGAUUCUCGGAGGAAGAGAAGGCCAGCGACGGAGGCGACUCCCUAGACGCGCUGAGCGACACCCUGGACGAAAUGAUCCAGGCUUCGCAGCUCAACCCGCACCACCCGCGAUCGUUACAGGUUUACUGA